AUGCAGGGGCCCUGGGUGCUGCUGCUGCUGGGCCUGAGGCUACAGCUCUCCCUGGGCGUCAUCCCAGUUGAGGAGGAGAACCCGGCCUUCUGGAACCGCCAGGCAGCUGAGGCCCUGGAUGCUGCCAAGAAGCUGCAGCCCAUCCAGAAGGUCGCCAAGAACCUCAUCCUCUUCCUGGGCGAUGGGAUGGGGGUGCCCACAGUGACGGCCACCAGGAUCCUAAAGGGGCAGAAGAAUGGCAAACUGGGGCCUGAGACGCCCCUGGCCAUGGACCGCUUCCCAUACCUGGCUCUGUCCAAGACAUACAAUGUGGACAGACAGGUGCCAGACAGCGCAGGCACAGCCACAGCCUACCUGUGCGGGGUCAAGGGCAACUUCCAGACCAUCGGCUUGAGUGCAGCAGCCCGCUUUAACCAGUGCAACACGACGCGUGGCAAUGAGGUCAUCUCUGUGAUGAACCGGGCCAAGCAAGCAGGAAAGUCAGUGGGAGUGGUGACCACCACAAGGGUGCAGCAUGCCUCACCAGCCGGCACCUACGCCCACACGGUGAACCGCAACUGGUACUCAGAUGCUGACAUGCCUGCCUCGGCCCGCCAGGAUGGCUGCCAGGACAUCGCCACGCAGCUCAUCUCCAACAUGGACAUUGAUGUGAUCCUUGGCGGAGGCCGCAAGUACAUGUUUCCCAUGGGGACCCCAGACCCUGAGUACCCAAGUGAUGCCAGCCAGAAUGGAAUCAGGCUGGACGGGAAGAACCUGGUGCAGGAAUGGCUGGCAAAGCACCAGGGUGCCCGGUACGUGUGGAACCGCACUGAGCUCACGCAGGCGUCCCUGGACCAGUCUGUGACCCAUCUCAUGGGCCUCUUUGAGCCCGGAGACACGAAAUAUGAGAUCAACCGAGACCCCACACUGGACCCCUCCCUGAUGGAGAUGACAGAGGCUGCCCUGCGCCUGCUGAGCAGGAACCCCCUCGGCUUCUACCUCUUUGUGGAGGGCGGCCGCAUCGACCAUGGUCAUCAUGAGGGCGUGGCCUACCGUGCGCUCACUGAGGCGGUCAUGUUCGACGACGCCAUUGAGAGGGCAGGCCAGCUCACCAGCGAGGAGGACACGCUGACCCUCGUCACCGCUGACCACUCCCACGUCUUCUCCUUUGGUGGCUACACCUUGCGAGGGAGCUCCAUCUUCGGGUUGGCCCCCAGCAAGGCUCAGGACAGCAAAGUCUACACGUCCAUCCUGUACGGCAAUGGCCCUGGCUACGUGCUCAACUCAGGCGUGCGACCAGACGUGAAUGAGAGCGAGAGCGGGAGCCCCGAUUACCAGCAGCAGGCGGCGGUGCCCCUGUCGUCCGAGACCCACGGAGGCGAAGACGUGGCGGUGUUUGCGCGCGGCCCGCAGGCGCACCUGGUGCAUGGCGUGCAGGAGCAGAGCUUCGUAGCGCAUGUCAUGGCCUUCGCCGCCUGUCUGGAGCCCUACACGGCCUGCGACCUGGCGCCCCCAGCCGGCACCACCGACGCCGCGCCUCCCGCCGGCACCACCGACGCCGCGCACCCGGUUCCCGCGUCGCUGCCUCUGCUGGCCGGGACCCUGCUGCUGCUGGGGGCGUCCGCUGCUCCCUGAGCGCCCCACUCUGGAGUUAUCCUGCUCCCCACCUCCAGGCGUCCUGCCCUGUUCCCCGUUCUGAGCUGCCACUUCCGGCGAACACAUACAGGUGUCUUGCCGCUGGACCUUCACCUCCUAGAGAUAAAUCAGCUUCAGCUGGCACAGCGGGGCCCUUCUUCCCUCCGCAUCCCCUUCAGGGAGCAAGAGCCCAGGGCGCCCUGGGAGUUGAGCCUGGGACUCCCAGGACCUCCCCCCAGGCUGCUCUCUGAUUCUUCCUCCCAACCCCAGAGACUGCAGAUUUGUGCCAUGCGGCUGCCUGCACCCCAGACAAUAAAGGGACCAAAAC